CCCAAAUCUGUUUCCGCCGCCCCGCAUCUCUUUUACGUGCCCUGCGCGAUGACGCCAUCAACGGCCGUCAGACAGACCUGACAAAUGCUCGCGGAAGAUGCAAAAGAAAAAGGACCCGCUGCUUGCAGAGUGUCAACCCCACUGUGAAAAUGAGACCAUGGUUCCAGUACUGACUUCAAAAAAAGCCAGUGAACUACCUGUGAACGAGGUUGCCUGUGCACUGCAGGCUGACCUGCAGUUUGGUCUCACCCAGGAGGAGGUUACAAGACGUCGCACCUACCACGGAUGGAACGAGUUUGACAUUAGUGAAGAUGAACCACUCUGGAAAAAAUAUAUCUGUCAGUUUAAAGACCCGCUCAUCCUUUUGCUGCUUGCAUCUGCUGUCAUUAGUGUGUUGAUGCGUCAGUUUGAUGAUGCCGUCAGUAUCACCGUGGCCAUUAUUAUUGUUGUUACAGUUGCCUUUGUACAGGAAUACCGCUCAGAAAAAUCCCUGGAGGAGCUGGGGAAACUUGUGCCUCCAGAAUGCCAUUGUGUUCGAGAAGGACAUCUGGAGCACCUUCUGGCACGAGAGCUUGUGCCUGGGGACACCGUCUGUCUGUCAGUCGGAGAGAGAGUCCCAGCUGACCUGCGCCUGUUUGAGGCAAUGGAUCUGUCAGUUGAUGAGUCCAGUUUGACAGGAGAGACCUCCCCCUGCACCAAGACCUCUGCCCCUCAGCCGGCUGCCACCAAUGGGGAUAUCAUGUCCCGCAGUAAUAUUGCCUUCAUGGGUACGCUUGUGCGCUGUGGGAAGGCCAAGGGCAUUGUCAUAGGCACUGGAGAAAACUCUGAAUUUGGUGAAGUUUUUAAGAUGAUGCAAGCAGAGGAGGCUCCUAAAACCCCAUUACAGAAAAGCAUGGAUUUGCUGGGAAAACAGCUCUCCCUUUAUUCCUUCGGGAUAAUCGGGGUGAUCAUGAUGGUCGGAUGGCUUCAGGGGAAGUACAUUCUAGACAUGUUCACCAUAGGUGUCAGCCUGGCUGUGGCAGCUAUCCCAGAAGGCCUUCCCAUUGUAGUGACUGUGACUUUGGCACUGGGAGUGAUGAGGAUGGUGAAGAAACGGGCAAUCGUUAAGAAACUGCCUAUAGUGGAGACGCUGAGCUGCUGUAAUGUGAUCUGCUCCGAUAAGACAGGUACUCUCACUAAAAAUGAGAUGACAGCCACUCACCUGUUUACCUCUGAUGGACAGCACGCUGAGGUCACUGGCGUUGGGUACAACAAUUCUGGCGAGGUUUUGAUGGAUGGAGAGGUGGUACAUGGCUUUUCCAACACCUCCAUCAGCAAGAUUGUGGAGGCUGGCUGUGUGUGCAAUGAUGCUGUAAUCAGGAGCAAUACCUUGAUGGGCCGUCCUACCGAAGGUGCCCUCAUCGCCCUGGCUAUGAAGAUGGGUUUGGAGGGGCUGCAGCAGGAGUUUGUGCGUCUGGAAGAAAUGCCCUUCUCCUCAGAGCAGAAGUGGAUGGCUGUCCGUGUCGUCCAUCGCACCCAGCAGGACAAACCUGCCACAUUCUUUGUGAAGGGUGCCUAUGAGCAGAUCAUCCGCUUCUGUACUUCCUACAACAGUCAAGGGGUCACUCUGCCUUUGACCCAUCAGCAGAGAGAACUCUUCCAGCAGCAGAAGAGCUACAUGGGCACUGCGGGUCUCAGAGUGCUGGCGUUUGCUUCUGGAUCUGAGAUGGGUGCUCUUACCUUCCUGGGGCUGGUGGGCAUCAUCGACCCUCCCAGAGCGGGAGUUAAAGAGGCAGUGGCGAUGCUUAUCAGCUCUGGUGUGUCAGUGAAGAUGAUCACAGGGGAUUCACAAGAGACUGCAGUGUCAAUAGCAAGUCGACUAGGCCUCUAUACCAAAGGUUCUCAAUCUCUGUCUGGACAAGAAGUCGACCAGAUGGACAUCCAGCAACUCUCUCAGAUAGUGCCCAAGAUAGUGGUAUUCUACAGAGCCAGCCCUAGACACAAGUUAAAGAUAGUUAAGUCCUUACAGAACAUCGGUGCUGUUGUUGCAAUGACGGGAGACGGUGUCAAUGAUGCGGUGGCACUGAAGGCAGCAGACAUCGGUGUGGCAAUGGGUCAGACUGGCACUGAUGUCUGCAAAGAGGCAGCAGACAUGAUCCUGGUAGACGAUGACUUUCAAACUAUCAUGUCUGCUAUUGAAGAAGGAAAGGGGAUUUACAACAACAUUGAGAACUUUGUGCGCUUUCAGCUGAGCACGAGUAUUGCCGCCCUCACCCUCAUCUCCCUGGCAACACUCAUGAACUUCCCCAACCCUCUGAAUGCCAUGCAAAUCCUUUGGAUCAACAUCAUUAUGGAUGGGCCGCCAGCCCAGAGUUUGGGAGUGGAGCCUGUCGACCCAGACGUGAUCAGGAAACCUCCACGGAAUGUUCGAGACAGCAUCAUCACGCGCAGUCUGAUAGUGAAAAUCCUAGUGUCGUCCUUCAUCAUUGUUUGCGGCACAUUGUUUGUGUUCUGGAGAGAGCUGCGGGACAAUGAGAUCACCCCACGGGACACCACCAUGACGUUUACCUGUUUUGUGUUCUUCGAUAUGUUCAACGCUCUCAGUUCCCGAUCACAGACACGGAUGGUGUAUGAGAUGGGCUUAUUCAGUAACAGGAUGUUCUGCUAUGCAGUUCUGGGCUCCAUCAUGGGCCAACUCCUGGUCAUAUACUUCCCUCCGCUACAGAAGGUCUUUCAGACUGAGAGCCUCAGCAUUUUAGAUCUGCUGUUCCUGGUGGGCCUCACAUCCUCUGUGUGCGUGGUAUCAGAGGUCAUAAAGAAAUUAGAGAGACUCAGAGGUGGAGAAAAGAUGGCAGACACUGAUGAUUUCCAUGAAGUAUGACGCACAUUGUGUCCCGUGCAGGAGAUGGAGGGUGGGGCUGGGGCACGUGGUUUGGAAUGUCGCUCGGGCUGGUCUCAUAACGUACAAAACUAUCCAAAGUGAUCAGUCGGGUCUGACCUGUAUGUACAGUACCCUUUAAAGGUCAAGACCAGGAGCUGACUGUAUAUCGAUGACCUGGUCCUGAAUGAAAUGUCAUCUCUUGACACGUGCCCUUUCCCAUGGAGAUGCUUUGGUGUGCUGCUUUAUGACUGUACUGCUUCCCAUAGCAUCUGGGCGAACUUUAUUUAUGAGAUACUGUAUCUGUCCAUACAGUGGCUGUAUAGAAUUCAUGAUUUAGGGAUGUAUUAUGAUUAUUAUUAUAAUUAUUAAAAGGAUUUUGUGUCGUUUAUAUCUCAUUUUGUUAAAGCAUUUCUUGUUAGAGGUUUGUGAAACAAUGUGGAUAAUGCAUUCCAAAUUAUGCUUGAAUAAUCAUUUAUUUUGAAUUAAACCACGAGUGGAGGGUUGUUUUGUGGAAAGGACCACUCAGAGUGUGAAUGAAGACAUGCGUGAUUCAUUUUAUAACACGGUAAAACAGGCACUGUUUAGAUUUUGAUUUAUAGCAAAACACUGCAAAAGCUUUUUCAUAAUCUGCUUUUUAUAAUGACUUUCUAUUUGAAGAUACAAGAUGACAGAAUGAUGGUGUUAUGAGAUUACAGGGUCCCAUUUUAUGAUGGUACACGCACUAUUAGUUCUUAUAUUAGACUGAUGAUUAAUACAACUGGCUUGUACAAUUACUUAUCAGUUCCUCUGUAUUUACAUGGUAUCAAAAUUAUAUUAUUACUUUUCUUAUGUUAAUACACUGGUAUUAGGGCCAUCUAAAAUAAGAUGCUUUUGCCUUUUCCCUUUACUUUGGCUUUUCCUAAAGUGUUAUUUUCUCACCUGCUUGGUGCUCGGUUAGGUGAACGCUUAGUCCUUUAAAGGUUUAAUGAUUUUCCGUUAAAUAGAUGCUCAUGUUGGGUGUACAGAAAUGUUCGAUGAAGUCCUGCCACCUCCAAUGCCAAAAAAACCUCAUUGCAGCCCAUGGGCAUUGUCUUACUCCCAUCUGCCAAAAUUGUAUCUGGUUAAUAAGGUACAGCUAAUGAUGAUACACUAUAUAUAUCAGUUUUUGCAGUAUGCGAAUAAUGCAAACAUGUUUGUACUUUGUAUUGCGGAUAGUGGUUCUUUAUGAUCACGUUGUCCAUAUUUAUUAAUUGGUGAGAAUCAUUUUCUGCCCAUUCUGUUGUCUGGCAUUGCUGUUGCUUUGAAAACAAACAUUAUAAUACACUGAUAUAUUAAACAGUAUAAAAGUGUUAAAAUGAAGGGUGAUAGGUAAAACAUUUUUUUUUCUAUUUUUAAGAUUGUAUUUAUUUUAUUGUGGUUUGCACAGCUGAAACCAGUAAUCUGUUGUGGUCAUUUCAGAACACAAUUGUACAAUAAAAUUUUUACAAAUCAAAAAAAAAAAGUGUCUCUGAUGUUGAUAAAUCUGAUUAACUAUGCAUGCACUACAUACAUUUUCAAGU